GUUUUACAGUUUAGGUUUGCUGGCGCUCAUAGGCCGCGAGGAGAAGUGCCGCGUAUAACGCCGCUCGUAAAACGUUAUCGCGCAUUUUCCCGCGUCUUUGUUUAAAAUUGUUCCAAGUCACCGAAAACACUUCGUUGUAAUCAACUUUCGCCUAUCGGCCGCUUAAUUCGAGGUCGAGAAAAGUGUGACACCGAUAACAUUUAUUUAAAAGAAUCCUGGUGAAUCAUAGUGCGAUAUCAAUAUGUCGACCUACUACAGAACGUCCGUGGCACCGGUUUGCGGGGACCACUUCCUCGGUCCAAGUCUCGCACAAGUUUGCCCGGCAUCGCAGUUUCUGAUGUUUAUGAGCAUCUUGGACACGUUCAUCCGCAGUCAGGAGUCGAUCGCGCAAUUGUGCGAACGAGUCAGACCGAUCGAUCCACCGGAACUCAACUACGACUUCAUCGUGGUCGGCGGAGGAACAGCUGGUUCCGUAGUAGCAUCCAGAUUGAGCGACCUACCGGAAUGGAAAGUUUUAGUACUGGAAGCUGGGCCGGACGAGCCUCCCGGUGCCGACAUCCCGAGCAUGGUGGCGAUGUUCCUAGGAACCGAGAUCGACUGGCAGUUUCGCACGAGCAACGAACAAAACGCCUGCCUCUCGAGCGGAGGAUCGUGCAGCUGGCCGAGAGGGAAGAACCUCGGAGGCACGUCGGUUCACAAUGGAAUGAUGUACACGCGAGGACACGCGAGGGAUUACGACAACUGGGCUGCGAUGGGCAACGAUGGUUGGACUUGGCGCGAGGUGUUGCCGUAUUUCGCGUGUUCGGAGAAUAACACCGAGAUCAAUCGUGUCGGUCGUAAAUAUCACUCGACCGGGGGGCUGCUCAGCGUGGGGAGGUUUCCCUGGAGGCCGGACAUCGCGAGUGACAUACUCGCGGCAGCGGCCGAGAAAGGAUACCCGCUUACCGAGGAUUUGAACGGUGAUCAGUUCACCGGGUUCACGGUCGCUCAAACGAUGAAUUACGACGGGGUUCGACGGAGCGCCGCGGCCGCUUUCCUACGGCCGUUCCGUCAGAGGCGAAAUCUCCAAGUGGCGUUAAAUGCGACUGUAACGAAAGUCAUCGUUGAAAACAUGAAAGCGGUGGGCGUGCAGUAUUAUCAAGACGGCGUGCCUCGAGUCGCUCGAGCAUCACGCGAGGUGAUCAUCUGUGGCGGGGCUGUCAACUCUCCUCAGAUUUUGUUGCUAUCUGGAAUCGGACCGAAAGAUCAUCUGCAGAGCAUGAACGUGAACGUCGUAAAAGAUCUUCCAGGCGUCGGCGAGAAUUUGCACAAUCAUGUUUCGUACACUGUGUCCUUUACUAUAAACGAACCGAACGAGUACGAUUUGAACUGGGCAGCGGCCGCGGAAUACGUCGGGUUCCAACGGGGACCCAUGUCGUCCACGGGAAUGUCUCAAAUAACAGGGAUCAUACCGUCGAGGUACACAUCCCCGGAUCAUCCCGAUCUUCAGUUUUUCUUCGGAGGAUAUCAAGCGUCCUGCGCGACCACUGGGGAGGUUGGAACUCUUAUAAACGGUGACCGUCGAAGCAUAAGCAUAUCGCCCACGUAUCUCCAUCCGCGCAGCAAAGGUACCCUUCGGUUGGCCAGUAACGAUCCCUUCGCGAAACCGGUGAUCCACGGCAAUUAUCUGAGCGAUCCGAUGGACGGUACGGUUCUACUGGAGGGUAUCCGGAUAGCCUUGUCGUUUGCUAACACGACCGCCAUGCGGAAACAUAAUAUGACGCUGGACCACACUCCUCUCCAAGCUUGCUCGCAGUAUCCGUUCCUCAGCGACGAUUACUGGAGGUGCGCGAUACGUCAGGACACCGGUCCGGAGAAUCAUCAAGCGGGAUCCUGUAAAAUGGGUCUAGCUUCGGAUCCAAUGGCCGUGGUAGAUCCGCGAUUGAAGGUGCACGGUAUCAAAGGGCUGCGAGUCGUCGACACGUCCAUCAUGCCUCAGGUGACGUCUAGCAACACGGCUGCGCCAGCAAUCAUGAUCGCCGAGAAGGCAGCCUCGUUCAUAAAGUCGGAGUGGGCCGUGCCGAAUACGCAAUGUUCCCGUUCCACGAUCGACAGCUCGCUGGAUCUACUGCUUUGGGGGAUCAAGUACAUCGACUGGGACCAAGGUGUCUGGUAGUCGAGAAUCCUCGAUCGUCCUCCCGAUCUAGUCCCUGAAUCCAUCCAGUGGGCUUUGCUUACGAGUUAUGCCUCGAGGAGAAAAAUACCUGUUCCGCGCUGGCCGCGAUCAAACUCACCGAAGAGAAACUAAAAGACCGCGGCGCGCACCUGCACCUACUGCUGCUACUACCUUUCUCCCUGCGCUGUGAUCGAUUCUAUCGAAAGCGUGGAACGGAACGACCAACGAGUCGGAAUCGGACUCAGCCGAUUCAGCGAUCAUUGCAGAUCUUAGAGAUCAUUAACGUCAUUACAUGUAUUAAUCCUGACUAUUUUUUUUCUUUCCGAUAUGAGAAUGUCAAGGGUGUAUAGAACCGCGAAGGCCUCGAGUAAAGUUCAAACGUUCGAUUUGUCACGCUUUAAUAAAUUCAGUGUACCUGUAUCAAAGUCGCACAUCUGUUGUGUACGAUCGUAUCAAGCGAACUGCUCGAGAGUCCUUCGUAUUUUUAUUAUUCAGGUAUCCUACUGUAGCAAUGUCAAAUACAAAUGUACCAAAGAACCGAUGUUACCUAAGGAAUUAUAUCCCACUUAUUACUUCGACCUGUGCUCUUCUUUCUUCUUUGAACUAAGUAUUGCAAUAUACAAUAAAUCAAUUUUGUUCGAUCA